AUGGACCCCGUCAUCAUUACGCCGGAUGACGUAGCUGAGGCGGUCCGUAGGGCCCCGAACUGGAAAAGUCCGGGACUCGACGGACUGCAUCACUACUGGCUGAAGGGGUUCGUGGUGUGUCACGCUGUUCUCGCCCGACAGUUUCAAGCGGCUCUCGACCAAAAGUCGCUCCCGAGCCUCUUCACUACUGGGAUCACUCAUCUGGUUCCUAAAGACCGAGAUUCCACAGACCCGAGCAAAUACCGCCCCAUAACGUGUCUACCUACCAUAUACAAGACACUGACAUCCAUUUUGAGCGCGAGAAUCACUCGUCACCUGAACUCAAAUCAGGUGAUGUCGCGCGCUCAAAAUGGAUGUCGGGGCGGCGGUCGUGGAACCAAGGAACCACUCCUCAUUGACGCGGUCAUUGGCAAGGUGGUUAAACGCAACCGUCGGAACCUCUCCGCCGCCUGGAUAGACUACAAAAAGGCAUUCGACUCGGUGCCUCAUACAUGGCUGAAGAGGGUCCUCGAGCUGUACAAGGUUGACUGUACAGUUCGAGACUUCCUCGGGCAGUGUAUGGGGCAGUGGAGUACGAUCCUUUGUCAUCUAGGCGAGCGGAUGACGGCUGCGGAGAACCACAUAAGGAUAAGAAGGGGUAUCUUCCAGGGCGAUUGUCUGAGUCCAAUCUGGUUCUGCCUCUCUCUGAACCCUCUUAGUACCUUACUGGAGGGUUCCGGGAGGGGAUUUCAGCUUCGGAGAGGAGGUACAAAAGUGACCCACCUUUUCUAUAUGGAUGAUCUCAAGUUAUUCGCCUCCAGUCGCUCUCAUCUUAUGGAAUUGCUAAACAUCACUUGUGAUUUUAGCAAUUCUAUUAGAAUGGAGCUGGGGACGGAUAAGUGUGCGAUCCUCCAUGUCGAAAGGGGUAGGGUUGCUAACUCUGAGGGCAUAGACUUAUCUAUGCCCAUCAACAUAAAGACCCUAUCCGAGGCUGAAACAUACCGAUACCUGGGUAUGUCACAGAACAUAGGUAUCGAUGAGGCGGACAUGAAACGUGACAUAUUCGGGGCUUACAUUUUUCUCCUAAGGUGUAUGGAAUGUGAAGACAAUGGAUUUGAACGUAUUAAAGCUAAAGCGGCAACAGCGGGUGCGAUAUUUAGAAUCAAGUGGAAGCGGCGAUAUGCUGGUAAGAGCUACUUGCAAUUGGGUGUCUCCACUGCAGUGCCUUGUUCAUCUGAUAGGAAACAAAAUCACUCUAGCAUGGUCCCAUCUCCUGAAAACAACGGCCAACAACAUAUCAAACCCUCCGACAAUCCCUUUAUGAGCAACAUGGAAGAGAUUGCCUAUUGGGUGCAGACUAAACGGGCACCAUGCCUUUACAAUUAUGACAAAACAAACAAUAAACCUAAUGAACAAGCUCAUUGUUCAAAAUUAAAACCUAAAAAUAAUGCUGUAAAAGUGCCUUCACCCAAGAAAAUAAAGAAGAGGAAACUGGUGCUGCUUGAUGAUGAUUCAGGUUCAACUGAAAGACAGCAAAAUAUUUACUUUAAUACCACCAAGGGUCAAAAUCAGAGGACUGUCAUGAGCAAUGGUAAGCAUAGCUCAAUAGGUUCGGAUAUAGACUUUAAUAUUAAAAAUUCUUCAAUGCAGGUCAAGCCAAAAAAGAUGAAAUUACAGCAAAAUAAUAAUAUGUCCUUAGUUAAAAAAAAUAAGAUGGUUACAUCCACACCAAAUGUGAAAACACUUAGAAGGAGCCUCCGAAGAUCUAAACAGAAUUUAAAUAAUAAUAGUCAGCUAGAUAUAUCAUUUGAAAUGAUGAAUAAAAAUAUUACAAAUGGAAUGUUUUCCCCAAGUGCUACAACAGAAAAGAACCUUAACAAACCUUUGGAUAAUGAAAAAAACCACGAGUCUAGGAAUGAUAAGGUGCCAGCUCAAAGUUCUAAUAAACCAAAUAUGAACUCUAAUAACAAACCUCAAAAUGAAACACUACUAAAUAGGCAAUUUGAAGAUAUGAGUGAUGUUUCUGGUUUAACAGCCAAUUACAUUCGAUCUACUAAAAUACAGGCAACAAAAGCUUCAAGAAAUAUGAGAAAUAAUAAAACUUUUAUACAGGAAUCCCAACAAAGCCCACAAAAGAUGGAUACAAAAACAAUAAUGUGUGUAAAUAAGUCUAUGAACACUGGGCUUCCUGAUCCUACCAAUUUAAACUGUAGCACGGAUUCAUCACAAAAUGUUAUAAACCUAGUAACAUUGAAAAGCAAUGAAAAAUCUACACGGGUGAGUAGAGCUACUUCCUUAUUAAAGUUUUUGGAAACAAAACACAGUAACAGUAAAGAGAGCAUGUGUGAUAAUGAAACAAAACAAGCUGACGACAACUUAAAUAUAUCAAUUCAAACAAUCAGCACAUCUAGGUAUCCUAAAAGGCAUAGAAACUACACUGCAGAAAGUAGUGCUAUUGCAAGUCCUGUAAAAAAUUAUCCUGCAAAAUUUACCACAGUUAGAAGAAAGAAAAUAAGUAAAGAAUAUGAUAAUUCCGAAAGAAAAGAAAACCCAGAAGAGAACCUUAUUUCACGAACAAGGAGUGGUCGAAAAAUAGACUUGAAAGUGAGACAACCCAAAAAUUCAGUCCUCGUUCUCAGCAACUCUACAGAACAAGUUAGUUCAGAAGCUGCAGUAAAUGUUGCAGGUCCCACAGAGGAGAACAGGAAGAAACGUCAAUCUGGGAGAUGUGCUCAGUUAAAAAAGAAUCCUGAUAAAAGUAGACAGUCUAAAAAAGACUCUUUGAGAGACAAAAGUGGCUUUGCGGCAUGUUUUUCUGAGAGUGAUGAUGACAGUGAACUAUUGAAACAGAGAAAGUUUUUUUGUUAG